GUCGUGGCGUCUGCGCAGUCGUCGUCUCUCACCUCAGAUAUGAACCAAAAACAAAAAUUCCCGAAAAUCCAAGACUCGAAACACUUUCACUACAAUUACGUCCGUCUCAGCACGCUUUCCGUCCAUCCGAUUGUCGUCGACGACACUCACGUCGUCUGUCGCGUCACAAGCGGUCGCUCGUGGACUAUCCGCCGAUCGCUCGAACAGUUCCGUCGUCUGGACGCCCUUCUGCACGCCUGUGUCCUCUCGCGGGACUUCUCGCGCCUCUCGGCCCCCAUCGCCCUCCCAGACGUCCACCACUACUGCCAGCGCCUGAACGCCGUCUUCGCGACCGACGUCUCGGCGCUCAACUGUCUUCUGCUUCUCAAUUGGUUGGAAUGCGAUAACAGCGGACAUCACAUCAUAUGCGACGAAUCCGAAGUCAACUGUCGCUCAAUUGGCGCCGCGUUUGUCGUCAAACACUUCGAGACGUCGCGCGCUCUCAACGCCAAACUCGAAGUGCUGUUGAGUCUCGAGAUCGGAGACCUCGUGUCCAUCAUUGAGUUCGACGCCAUUCGCGAACUCGACGACAACAGAGACGACACUCAGACGACGACAGACACACGUCUCUGGUCUAAAGGCAAGAAAGGCGUUCAGGUCGGCUUCUUUCCGUCGGAAUGCGUUCAAGUGAUCGACAGAAACAUCGAUUCGUUUGCCUUCAAAGUGUUGGCGACGACGACGACGACUCAGCGACGACCGGAUGACGACAGCCGUCGUCCCACGAGUCCUCUUGUGUGGCGAAAGAGCGUCAAAAAGGACAACAAAAUCUCCGCCUUCUUCCACAAGUGGCGUCCCGCACGCCUACAACUCGAGUUCGUCCCGCUCUGUCCGCCGCAAGUGUUCGGCGCCGACCUCUGCGAACACCUCUUCGACAGUCGUCACGAGAUUCCCGAAGUGUUGCGCAUUUGCACGCAAUUUAUCGAAAGACGAGGAUUUCUGGACGGCAUUUACCGGCUGUCGGGCAUCGCUUCCAAUAUCGCCAAAUUGCGCCAAACCUUCGAAGAGGAGGAGACGCCCGAUUUGGAGCCCAUUUCGGACGUCCAUUGCGUCUCUUCGCUCCUCAAACUCUACUUCCGCUCUCUUCCUAACCCUCUCCUCACCUUUCAUUUGUACGACGCCUUUGUGGCCGCCAUUCGCGACACGACAGCCAAAGCACGACGUCUGUCGCUCAUCCGUCGUCUCGUCGCUCGUCUGCCGCCUCCGCACGCGCGCACUCUCUUCGCUUUGAUGCGUCAUUUGAAUCUCGUGUCAAAAGCCGCGCACUUGACGGGAAUGACCGCCAAAAACCUGGCCAUCGUUUGGGCGCCGAAUCUGCUGCGUUCGCGCGAUCUCGACAAUCACACUCUUGUCGGCGAUUUGGCGGCGCUUCAAGUGAUUGGAACGCAAGCAGUGCUCACGGAAUACCUGAUCGCCAACUUUGACGACGUCUUCGCCGCCGAACGCCAGCCACGUCCACCGAAGCGGUCGUCUUGUCGUCACUCGACGUCCUUUUGUCGUCGAAUGUCUCAAAAGCAGCGUUUGAUUCGUUGCAAGAGUUUUAACUCCUUUUUCGCCAAAACCCCGAAAGACGUCCCAAAAGAGGAGUUUUUCCUGAAGUUCGCCGAAACGCAAACUCUCGACCCUUUAGUUGAACGCGUUGCGCCCCAAUUCUCGACGGACUCCUUUGGCGUCAAUGGCGUCCACUUCGCGACGCAAUGGCGUCACAGACGACCCGUCGUCUCCACGUGUGCGGCGAUGGCCUUGAGUUCGGUGCGCGUGACCGACGCGGUCAGGGUUUGCAAUGACGUCACCGAAGAGAGUGUCUCGCGAUCGCAGAGAGAACGCAUUGAACGCAUAAAAGCCGAGCGAAGGCUUCAAUUGCGACAACAGUUCGACUCAAAGCCGACGCCAACGCCCAGAAAGACGACCGGCGUCUCCGCUAUGGCCGCCAAAUGGCGACAAAUCGCGCCCAAAGUCGACACCAGGCGCGCGCCGCAGACGACUCCCGUGCCAACGCCGCGCCGCCGCAGUCUUGAUGUGACGACGACCUCAACGACAACGACGACGACAACAUCGCGGACGACAACAGCGCCGACACUGAGAGCGGAAGCGCCGAAGUCGAGUCAAGUGACGAUAACUGCGCUGAAAACCAAAGGAAACAAACGAAACAACAGUCGAAAGGCUUUCGAAUCGAAUUUUAUUUAAACUUUUGUACAGUUUUUGACAUCAAAUAAAUCUUUCUCUCAA